AGUACGCAUGAAGUAAGAGUUUCCAUUGCCAGGUGUGAAUUUGAAAUGGAGGAUCGAUCUCCGGAAAACAUUGACACUUACUCCUGUCAGCAAGAUCCGCAAAAGACUCACUUGGAAGAGCAAUUACUGAAGAAUGAAGCCAGCAAAGUGUCACACUGCGAAAAUGUAUUAUCAAACAUCUAUUUGGAAGAUAUAGAAUCAACGGCAUACGCGUUCAACAGCGAAAACGGAACGGAUAUGUUUAUUGAUACGGAUAUUAUUGACCUUGAUGAAGAUGACAACGAGAAGGAUCUUCUUGACUGUGAUAUAUAUGAAAAUGAGCGCCAGGGCAGGAGAUAUUCAUAUCCCUUCGUUCUGGCGGAAGACAAAUGGAAUACCACUGAUGAUGACUUUGCCGUUGCCUCCCCAGUACCCAUUCAGGUUACCCAUAGACCCACCCUGAUCUCUGACGAGCCCAUCUUCUGCGACAGUAGUAGUAGUGACAGCGACGACGUUCUGGUUAUCCAAGACCCUAUUGUAACCACGAUCAAUCGAACUGCGCGAUUCCCGACUCACGGUCCGAGUACUCCUGAAAUCAUCAAACAAUUCCUGCCUUUCGAAAAGGCACCAUUAGCAUCCAUUUCUUUAAAGUUCAAGGAAGCCUACACCACUAGCCACACCAACCAAAUAGAAAUCGAAGAGGAUGUAAGCGUCAUCCCCGAGAUCUCAGCUCCAACCACAUGCUGCGCCACCAAAGAGGCUCUGAUCUCCAACGAUUCCAGGGACGUCGCUCCCAGCCUUGUGGAAAAAGCACUGCAGUUUGAGGGCGCCGAUACUAGUACUAGCACCAGCAACACCUCCUUCACGGAAACGGAAAGAGCAGAUAUCGUAAACGAAGUCCCCAGUGCCGAAUAUGAGACCACAACCGACUCAGCCAGCUCCAGCUGUGGGAAGCCCAACAGCCAGACUGAAUUCCGUGCCUUCCUCACUGCCUCCUCCUCGCCCAGUUACUCUGCGGCCAGUACAUCCCAGUUUAACGCCUCGUCUGCCGGCGGAAAAAAUGGCGAGAGGAAACGCGGCCGUCCUGCCAAGGAUCAUGCCGACGGACCAAAUCCCGAACUCAUGUCGCGCAUGAACGAUGAGGAAAGAAAGGCCUACGAGGACAGGAUCAAGAACAACGAAGCGAGCCGCGUCUCACGCCGAAAAAAGAAAAGAUGCGAGGAGGAGGAGAAGGCAAUCGAGGAGGAACUGGUGGCCGAGAAUCUGCGGCUCUGUGAAUUGGUCGCUAAAGUGGCGUCCCAAGAACGCAAGCUCAAGAAGUUCCUGAUGAAGCAAAGGAAGAGCAUGUAG